CAUUGAUGUUUUAGCGAUUUCAGCUGAUUGAUAAACUGAUAUUUAUCACAUUUUCUAUUUAUUACGCCGAAGCAAUCAACUGAAUACACGGCAUUACGCCAUUGUGUUACAUUGUAGGCGGACGUUUGUAUUUAAUUUAAAAAUGGGUUCACGUUUUGAAGUAGUUGAGCAGGGCCCGCCGAUUGAAGUUUUUCAGCUCAUGAAACUAUUUUCUGAGGACACUUAUCAGAACAAGGUCAAUUUGAGUGUCGGCGCAUACAGAGAUGAGAACGGCAAGCCAUGGGUGUUGCCCGUGGUCAGGAAGAUGGAAAAACAAAUGGCUGAGGACAACACUCUGCUGCAUGAAUACCUACCAGUAUUAGGUUUAGAGCAAUUCUCUAAUGCAUCGGUGGCGAUGCUCAUAGGACCUGACAACCCCGCCAUUGCAGAUGGCCGCGCCUUCGGUAUACAAACUCUCUCAGGUACGGGUAGCUUGCGAGUCGGCGCGGAGUUCCUCAACAAACAUCUGAAAUACACCACCUUUUACUACUCGAGUCCUACGUGGGAAAACCAUCACCUGGUCUUCGUGAACUCCGGUUUCACCUCCCCCCGCACAUACCGCUAUUGGGACCCGAAGACUUGUGCUAUCGACUUUGACGGCCUCAUAGAAGACCUCCGCUCGGCGCCUGAGAACUCAGUUAUACUGUUACACGCAUGCGCGCACAACCCCACGGGCAUUGACCCCACUCAGGAGCAGUGGGAGAAGAUAGCCGAUGUCAUGGAGGAGCGCAAACUGUUCCCGUUCUUCGACAGCGCGUACCAAGGGUUCGCGUCGGGCGAUCUGGACCGCGACGCGUGGGCCGUGCGCUACUUCCUGAAGCGUGGCUUCGAGCUGGUGUGCGCUCAGUCCUACGCCAAGAACUUCGGCCUGUAUAACGAACGCGUUGGGAACCUGGCGAUCGUUGUGAAGGACGCCAAGCUGGCGCCGGCUGUGAAGUCGCAGCUGACGUGGGUGGUGCGCGGCAUGUACUCCAACCCGCCCGCGCACGGCGCCCGCGUCGUCGCCAACGUGCUCGCCGACCGGCAGCUGUUCGACGAGUGGAGGGGACACAUCAGGCUAAUGUCAACAAGAGUCAUGCAGAUGAGAGAAGCUUUGAGGGCAGAACUUGUGAAAUUGGGCACCCCCGGCUCCUGGGACCACAUAGUGAAACAGAUCGGUCUGUUCUCCUACACCGGCCUGAACCAGCGCCAAGUGGAGUACCUAAUCCAGGAGUACCACAUCUACCUGCUGAGCUCCGGCCGCAUCAACAUCUGCGGCCUCAACCAGAGCAAUGUGCAGUACGUCGCCAACGCGAUACACGACGCCGUCACCAAGUUCCCGGCCGAAGAUGACAAUCGCGCAAAGUUAUGAUAACGAUGACAGAUCGAUAAACGCCGACAGAAGAAUGAUAAAAUCAUGAAUUUAUUUAUGGCAAACAUAUUAUUUUAUAUUAUUUUUUAAAGUUACAAUAAAUCGUUUUCAUUAA